AUGACUUACAACGUCCCCCCGCGAGGAUACAUGUAUGCCAUUCGAACAAAUGAACUAAUCGAGAAACAUUUACGGGACUUGGAUGCGAAGGAUUGGACUAUUGUACAACGCCAUGAAUACGAACGGAAAGUACGGCAGCGAGCUUUGCAACUAAUCGACCAGGCAGUUGCGAACUAUCCAGAAGAUGUCCACUUGACUGGAUAUAUGGCAGAUCUUAAUUGGUAUUAUGAGUAUGGUGAUAAAAGGGUUCCGUUUCCUUACCUGUCCCCAGCAGAAAAUGCGAGGAACUACCUGAUCAAAAAUCCAGGCGUCAAUGUUCACGAUUCUAUUCGAGAUUGUAAUAUACCCACGUCACGAGGCGGUCGAGCUGGUGGUGGCCAGAACGGCCAUGGUGGUGCGAACCAAAGUAGUGACGUUCUUGGACAAGUUGAUGUAACACCAUCAGAUCUAUUUACAUCUUUACCAACAGCGGUUUGGAGCUCUACCCGCCAUCAGACUUCGUCAAGCACCGGAGGUGGAUUGGGGUCAUGA